AUGUAUCGGCGUGCCGUUGUUUGUUUGAUUGGCCGAUCGUUAUCCCGUUCUUCACCAAGAUUAUUCAAUCGAGCUGUGGCUGCUGGAGCUGGGAACACCUUUGGAUUCAGAAAUUAUUCUCAAGAAGUCAAAGCCGAAAAGCAUGAGUUUCAGGCGGAAACUAAAAACCUCUUGGACAUUGUAGCUAAAUCAUUGUACUCUGAGCAGGAGGUGAGUUUUUUUUCUUUGAAUUGUAUCUAAUGUCUAGGUGUUUCUUCGAGAGUUGGUUAGUAACAGCAGCGAUGCCUUGGAAAAGCGGAGAUAUAACGAGAUCUCAAAGGACAUGGCGGUUACUGCCGCUGGUGAUCAAAUUCCGUAUGAAAUUCGGAUAAAAACAGAAGGAGGGAAAAUUAUCAUUGAAGAUACCGGCUGCGGAAUGGACAGGAAUGAGUUGGUUAAUCUCUUGGGGACAAUUGCCAAAUCUGGAUCCAAGGAGUUUCGAACUAAUGACGCAAAGUCCGCGGAGUCGAUCAUAGGUCAGUUGUGUAAUUGUGUCAUAGUUUUCCUUCUAUUUUUAGGUCAAUUUGGUGUUGGUUUCUACUCGGCGUUUAUGGUGGCUGAUAAGGUCAGCGUAAUCACCAAGAAACACGAUGAUAAUUCUAUUGGAUACAGAUGGAGCUGGAGUGGAGAUUCUUCUUAUGAAAUUGUUGAAGAUCCUAAUGCAAAACCUGGUUGUCGAAUCGAGUUGGAAUUGAGGGAUGGAGAUCAAAGUCAAUUCGCUUUGCCUGAAAGGUUGAUUGAAGUGAUUAGCAAGUACUCCUACUUCGUGACAGUGCCCAUAUUUGUGAAUGGGGAGAGAGUCAAUACUAUGAAUGCUAUCUGGACUAUGGAUUCAAAGGAUGUUACUCCUGAAAUGCACGAGACGUUCUUUCGACAACUCGCGAAGACUCAUCACGCUCAUUUGAUUCAUGAUAGACCCAGAUACACGUUGCAGUAUAAAGUAGGUUGAGUUUGAAAUUAUUUCUAUAAAACUGUUACCUAAAAUUUUUAGACCGAUGCUCCAUUAAAUCUGAGAGUUUUGUUAUACAUUCCUUCCCACAAAGUGAAUCAAGUCGAAUUUACUACUGAUUUUGAAGACUCUGGAGUGUCUCUGUAUGCUCGUAAAGUCCUUAUUAAAGCUCACGCCAAGGAAUUGUUGCCUAGAUACUUGAGAUUUGUGAUUGGAGUGGUCGAUUCCGAAGAUGUCCCUUUGAAUUUGAGUCGAGAAAUGCUUCAAAAAGAUGCUGUUAUUGUGUAAGACAUUGCACGGUUUUAUUAAAUCUUUUUCAGAAAGUUGCGAAGAGUUAUAACCGAAAGGAUCAUCAGAUUCUUAACGAAGGAGAUGAAGAAGGACAGGAUCAAGUACACUGACUUCUAUAAUGGGUAUUCGAUGUUCUUUAAAGAAGGAAUUGUUGUCGAACAAGAUUUUGGUGUUAAGGUAACGGAAUGCUCGAUUGAUCGUCUAUGUUUAGGAACAAAUUGCGCAACUCUUACUUUUUGAUACCUCUAACUUCAAACCGGGGACAACUACGAGCUUGGAAGAGUAUGUGGAGAGGAUGCAAAAGGAUCAAGAUGCGAUUUACUACCUUUACAGUCCUUCGUAAGUUAUUAUGACAAAUAUUAAUUCUUUUUAGACGUCAACUGGCUGAGAAUUCCCCUUAUUACGAAUCAUUUAAACAACAGAAUAAGGAAGUACUUUUCCUCCAUGAUGCUGCUGAUGAAAUGGUUCUUUUGAUGAUGAACGAGUUUAAAGGGAAGAAGAUCGUAUCCGUUGAGGCGUAUCUGAAGGAACAGGGAUUGCAAUCUGAGCAUGAAAAGACAGGUACAUAAUAGUUGUCUAAAUUAAUUUGAACUGGUUGCAGAAAUGACAAGAGAUUCUGAUAAAAAACAGUUGUUGGAUUACAUCAGGGAUUCUCUGGGAUCUGUGAAAGUGUUUGAAAUCCAUCCGAUGCAGAGUCCCUCUUCCCAUCCGUUUGUUAUUACCGCCAUUAAUCACAGCGCCAUGAGACAUGUUCUUCGUAUCAAUAAUCCCAAACAAUCAGAGCAUUUGAUCAAUGUGAAGCCUGUCCUUCAUGUCAACUUUUCCCAUCCAGUCAUCAAAGGAUUGCCCAAACUUAAAAGGAAGAAUGAAAAGUUGGCUAAAGAUGUCAUUGAACAGGUAUGAACUCUUCGCUGUUUGGCUUUAUGCAAUUUUAGGUAUAUGACAAUGCCUUGGUGACAGCUGGUUUGAUCGGCGACACCUCUGCCUUUGUUCCUCGAAUCAACAAGAUCUUGGGUGAUCUUCUAAAUGAAGGGAACUCCUCCACAAUCCUCACGCCAUAA